UCACCCGUUGGCCCUACCGUACCGUCCGCUGUAUUAGUAAGAGUUUGUCCAUGAAACAAUCCACCAGCUAGAGUGCCUACAGUGCAGGAUGUUUUGAUUGUGGAACGGAAUUUCGCUUAUAGAUCACCAAAAUGAUGCGCCAAGAAUCAUUGCUAAGCAACCACGAACGAUACCCGCGCAUCGAAGCGAACGCAAACAACAUAAAGCAAGAUUCGAUCGACUGCGGUGUGACGGCGUGCAGCUGUUGUAAUGGUCCAGGAUGUAUACGGUUGGGCACUGCUACGUCCUUCGUCGUGUGCCUAUCGCUGGUGGCUUUCGUUAGCGGUGGCAUCGAGAGCUACUUCCGGCUGGCAGCACACCAAGCGGCCAGCGAGCUGAGCUUCGAUCCGAUCGUGCUGGACUGGUUGCUAGUGACGGCCGGUGUUGCGCAGGGCCUGUUCGCGUUGCUGGUGAGCUAUUGGGGCAAUCGGUUCCAUCGGAUAUCGUGGCUGGGCGGAAUAUUCAUGCUGCAGGCAAUCAGCUUGAUAGUGCUGAUCAUACCGACGCUAACGCACAACUCGGAAGAAAGCAACACCAUUGAGGCACUGAACAUGGACAAAACCUGUACGCUAGAACAAUCUGGACGGCUGGUUAUGGAUCGACCGUACGCUAUUACAACACUGGUACUGAUGUUUAUCGCGCAGGUUCUGAUUGGCCUCGCCAAUGUGGCCAUCUACGCGCUGGGCAUCAGCUAUAUCGACGAUAACGUACGCACGCAUCACAGUCCCGGAUUGAUCGGAUGCGUCAUAGCGGCGCGCAUUUGGGGAGCUCAGCUAGGACUUGGCAUCGGCUUAGCUGUGGGUGCCACCACGCUGGGCUGGUGGCUUGGAUGGGCCAUCAUAGGGCCGCUUACCUUCCUGUUGGGUUUCGUCAUCUCACUGUUCCCGAAGCGAUUGCUCGCCACGAUGGUACGCCAGGCGGCCAACGAUAUCGUCGAAACGGCCACCAACAACAGCAUGCAAUCGAUCGCUACCGCCGACAAGUGGCUGGCCGAUAUAACGCUCUGGGCCACGCUAAGGCGCGUCUUCUCCAACAAGGUGCUCGUGUGCAACGUGCUAGCCCUGGUGUUCAUCCAGACCGGCAUCGUGAACUUCCACUCGCACGAACAGUCCUAUCUGCAGUCGCGCUUCUUUUUGCCCACGUCGCAUGCGGACGGUAUAAACGAUGAAUGGGCGUCCCGGUUGAUUACCAACCUGAUACGACCGUUUGCCGCUGCUGUGGGCGUGAUUGUGGCGGCACUCGUCAUUGCCAGCACUAAUCCUUCGGCCAGAAAGUUAGCUGGAUGGAACAUUAUUGUUGGGGUGGUGGCUACAGGACUGUUUAUUGCGUACAUUUUCAUCUCGUGCGGCGAAGAACAAAUAGCAGGCGCCUACCGUGGCCGUAAGCUUAUCAAACCGUUCUGCGCAUCCAACUGUGUGUGCGAGGAGAACGUACCAUUUACACCGGUCUGCCCUAUCGACAGUCGGUUUACAUACUUUUCGCCGUGCCAUGCUGGUUGUCAGGAUCGGGAGGAAAUCAACAAUAUCGUGAUCUACCGAAACUGCUCUUGCGGUGUUGAUGUGGACAUCGUGCUGGAGAACGGUGGCGAUGCAACUGAGGGCGCCUGUGGGAUUGACGACUGUCAACCGUACUGGAUCGUGUUUCAGGUGUUGACGGUGAUAGUGGCGAUGUUACUGGCCUCGGGCCUGACUGGUAAGGUGAUCAUCAGCCUGCGCUCGGUGCUGACGCAAGACAAGGCGAUGGCGCUAGCGGUGGAGCUGACUUUGGUCGGGCUGGUGGUUUAUUUGCCUGGAACAGCCAUCUAUCAGGUGGUGGCAACACACACGUGUCAGUUUUGGUCAUCGAACGAGCGGCACUGCUUUCUGCACGAGACGCCGACGUUUGGAAAUAUUCUUAACAUGAUAACAGCAGCCUUAAUCAUCAUCGGUCUAAUCUUCGAGAUGGUGGUAUAUUACUUCGUGAAGGAUACUGCUUUGUACGGUGAAAAUGACGACACUUUGCUUCGGAAUCCGAUCGAGAUGCGAUUCAUAUCACCAGCGAGGACACAAACCAUGACCGAAUUGAUGCCCUUGAAUAACAGCGUUUCAGACACGGUUGAUCGUUCCACAACUUCGGAGGCGGCCGUACAAUCAGCAACACUGAUCGCCGAUGAAGGCGUACUACCACCGUCGGUACAAACCAUUCAAAACACGCAACCGUCCUAUCCGACGGUUCGGUCCGUCUCGCCACUUGCCGCGAGUUCGGCCAACUACGCCCAGGUUGUGCGCCAGCUGCCAAAGAGAGAAACGUCGAGCGAAAUAGAUGAGCAGCUGGACUUCCGGUCGGCGACCAGUUUACCUCGCGGCCAAACAGACAGCGAUGAUGACAGUGAUUAUCGUUCCGGCGUGGUGGGACGAGUGCCGCAGCAGCAUAGCAGUCCUAGAGUUGAUCCUACGUUGAGACGAGAUUAUGCGCGAGACGGUCUCUUCUCUCCUAGGGCCACAUCGCCCGAAAGCCCAGGCGAGCUCCCGUUGCGUUCGAGAAAUGUCUCGGGCCGACCGAUGAGUCCCGAGACGGAUUUUUAGUAUUACACGCUGGUCUAUGUUCAGUGACGGAGAAUAGAAACAGCACAUACAUGAGAAGGUAGUUUUAACAUAUUAGUAGAUCAUUUAGGCAGAAUUUGAGGUUUGUUUAUACCUUUGUUUGGUAGCAUGUGUGCUAGUUUUCGGAUGCAAAAGCUUCACUUUCCAAAAACUUGUCAUUAAUUCCGUGUUUAGAUUUAUUACAAUCUGUUUUCGUUUUAUGUACUUUCUUUUUUUUCCGCAUCAUUACAAUGCACGGUUAAGUGCACCGCGUUCAUCAACAGACACACACACACACAUCAUUUGCAGUAAUUUCGAUUCAUG